ACGUCAAGUAUAAAGAGAAUAACAUGGUGCUGUAGAGUGCAUGUUUACGUUAAAAGAGAACAACAGAAAGAGAUCUAAUAGCCUAACGCAAAAGUUUCAUUCUAACGCCUUUUAUAGACUAGUUUUUAAAUUCACUCAGCAUUUUGGUAUGUGAUUGCCUAACUACUCAUGUGCCACUUGUCCCAAUGGAAAGGGGGUUUCAGUUUGGAAACGUGUGCAUAUCUCUUCUGCUGUUGCUUGUUUUGAGAACGUUAACGGCCACUUUGCAAACUCAGUCUCUCUCAGAGAGAGAAGUCGAAGUGGCCCCGACGCCGAACACCGAGGCGGCGGAACAUGCUGCCGUUAUGGAGCGGCCCCUGGACAACGUCGGAGGAGCCCUUGGCAUCGGAGAAGUGACCGUAGAGGACGUCGAGUAUGGCUCGACCGGAGACAGCGAAGAACCGUCUGGAGACACCGACGCAAACUUCCACAAGCACCGCAGGGCUCUGGUGAUCAUCAGCACACUGGAUGGGAGAAUCGCAGCUCUGGAUCCUCUAAACCAGGGGCGCAAGCAGUGGGACCUGGACGUGGGCUCAGGCUGUUUGGUAUCCUCAAGCCUCAGCAAACCAGAGAUUUUUGGCAACAAAAUGUUCAUUCCCUCUCUGGAUGGAGCCCUGUUCCAGUGGAACAGGGAUAGAGAGAGCAUGGAAGCUGUUCCCUUCAGUGUGGAGUCCCUGCUGGACUCCUCGUACCGCAUCGGAGAGGACACUGUGCUUGUAGGGGGCAAAUCCCUCACCACGUACGGCCUUGGUGCAUACAGCGGCAAGUUGAAGUAUAUUUGUUCAGCGGUGGGCUGCAGUCGGUGGGGGGACGAGGAAGGAGAGCCAGAGGACGUAUUGUUACUCCAGAGAACGCAGAAAACUGUCAGAGCUGUGAGGCCUCGCAACGGGUUUGAGAAAUGGAACUUCAGCGUGGGAAACUUUGAGCUCAAAUUUGUCCCUGAGAUUCAGUCCAAACUCAACUUUUUGGAGGGGGAGGCACCAAGUGGAGAAACGUGGCGAGAGGUCAAACGUGAAGCACAGCGUGUUAUCCAAGAGGAGACGGACGCACAAACCAAAAAUCAUGCUAAAACGCACCCAAACUCAGCGCACACUCAGGUAGAGGGCUUAGACCUGGUCAUUAAGGUUUCUGUGCCGGACUGGAAAGUCAUGGCCUUCAGCACCAAACCAGAAGGACAGCUGAUCUGGGAGCAUCAGUUUUGCACACCCAUUGCCUCUGCGUGGUUGGUUGGAGGGGGGAAGGUGACACCCAUUAGCCUGUUUGAUGACACAUCGUAUAACUCCCAAACUGAGACUGAGACUCAGGAGGAUGAUGACAUCAUGGAGGAGGCCCGCGGGGCUACGGAGUCCAGCGUUUACCUGGGGAUGUUUCAGGGUCAACUGUACCUCCAGUCCUCUGUGAGGAUUUCUGAGAAGUUUCCAUCCAAAUCCAAAGCUCUCAACGGCUGGGGAGGUGACGCUGACAUGAUGCCACCACCUACAGUCAAAUGGAAACCCCUCAUCCACUCUCCGUCUCGCACUCCAGUCUUAGUGGGCUCUGAAGAGUUUGAUAAAUGUCUGAAUAAUGAUAAAUUCUCUCAUGAAGAGUACAGCAAUGGAGCUCUUUCAAUACUGCAAUACCCAUAUGAUAAUGGAUACUACUUUCCAUACAGUCCUCGUUACCGAAACCGACGUGACGAGACUGCAGUAAGUGUUCUGUUGAAAAAAGAUGGCGAAGGCACACAGGUGAGAAGGAAAGAUCCUGUGCUGCUGCUGCCGUGGUGGAAAGAGAUUCUAGGUACCAUCUUCUUCUGCAUCGCUGCCACCACAUACAUCGUCCGCAAGUUCUUCCACCCACCCACAACAUACGCACGGCAACGAAAGGAGUCUGAGACGCAGUGCCAAACUGACACCAAGUUUGAAGCAGAUGUUACAGAGCCCAAAGAAGUUGUGGUCACAGAUAUGCGUCCCUGCGAAUAUGUCUCCAGAUACUUGACAGACUUUGAGCCAGUGCAGUGUUUGGGGCGUGGUGGAUUUGGUGUCGUGUUUGAGGCUCGCAACAAGGUGGACGAUUGCAACUAUGCCAUCAAGAGGAUCCGUCUACCAAACAGGGAGCUGGCCCGUGAGAAGGUCAUGCGAGAGGUGAAGGCUCUGGCUAAGCUGGAACACCCAGGAAUCAUCCGUUACUUCAACGCCUGGCAGGAGAGUCCGCCUCAGGGCUGGCAGGAGGACAUGGACAAACGCUGGCUCAAAGACGCAAGCACUGCUGAUUGGCUGCUAAGCUCUCCUGAACACAUGGAGGCUUUUUCGGUCAAGGUUCCAGUGGCCACUCCAUCUCCCGUGGACUCAUCAUGCAUGUGUGCGGCUGGCGGGGACACCAGCGUGUGCGUCGGGGACCAAGUCUGCCUGGAGGGCCUGGGGCCGGACAGUAUGAUGUCAGAGCGGGACAGUCAGGCCGACCCAGAUGCUAUCAUGGAGGUCUCCGAUUCUCCCCACUCCUUCGAGCUCUGCCCUCCUCGCACGGUUGCCCACGGUGACUGCACCUCUUCCUCCUUCGACAUAGUCUUCGAGGACUCCGGCUGCGAACACCAGGACAAUGAAAGUGACCUCAGCGGAAGUACACCUGUGCCACCUGUGUGCCUUUCACAGUCUAGCUCUAAACCCCAGCGCAGUACGUCAACAGGACCACCUGCUUCCUUACCUUCAAGGCCCACAACUCUGAGUCUCGCCCCCAGCACCCCCUGUCCUGCCGUGCGGCCCCCGCUCACACCGAAGGUCUACCUGUACAUUCAGAUGCAGCUCUGCAGGAAGGAGAACCUGAAGGACUGGAUGGCUCAGAGGUCUUUGCCCGAGCUCAGGGAACACACUCAGUGUCUGGACAUCUUCCUGCAGAUCGCUGAAGCUGUGGACUUCCUGCAUAGCAAAGGACUCAUGCACAGAGAUCUUAAGCCAUCCAAUAUCUUCUUCACAAUGGAUGACGUGGUGAAGGUGGGAGACUUCGGCCUGGUCACUGCCAUGGAUCAGGAGGAAGACGAUGAAGAGCUGAGUACUCUCACACCAAUGCCAAUCUAUGCCCGGCACACUGGCCAAGUGGGCACCAAACUCUACAUGAGCCCCGAACAGUUGUCCGGGAAUUCAUAUUCUCACAAGGUGGACAUUUAUUCUCUUGGCCUGAUUCUUUUUGAGCUCCUCUGUCCAUUCCGCACACAGAUGGAGAGAGUCAGGACUCUCACAGAGGUCAGAGCCUUGCAGUUUCCUGCUGCUUUCUGCAAGGCCAACAUCCUGGAAGCUCAGAUGGUGCGCUGUAUGCUGUCCCGUGUGCCUGCAGAGCGACCAGAGGCUUCCGAAAUCACAGAGGCCCCUUUAUUCCAGGAGCUUGAGGUGCCCUGCAGAAUCAGACAGCGCACUCGAACAUACAGCGCCUCUUCUGCGGGACGACCCUCGCGACAGAUAUCCUCUUCAAACUAGAGCUCAAAAACACACACACACAAGCAUACUGUGCCUCGUCUGCGGGAUGACAAACACAACCAGUCACCACCUCUAACAGAAACCACACACAGAUAAACAGAGACACAAAGGAAGUCCCGCUGGCGCUUAUUCUAACGCCCAACAACAACCAUUGAAGGAGACUUGAUGUUUUUUGUUUUUUUUUUUGCUGAUGAAUGACCUGCCUUUUGGACGUCGUUGGGCAUGUCUUAAACAGGACGUGAGCUUUCUGAAUGGGUGAAAUUGUACACGUUAUUUUGUUCUUCUCAAAUGUAAAUACGCUUCAAUACGGAGCAAGAGAGGGGCUUUAAAGGUGCUCGUUCAAGACCGAACGCACAAGUUCUGAGGCAAUUUCAGCCACUCGCUGCGUCCAGUGUUAGUGGCUCGCGUGCGCAUCACUUGAGGAAUCGGUGUGGGAAAUCUUCAAACUGCCUUUAAGCUGGACUUCGAGACACGUUUGUAAUGAUGGUCAGUAUGAGAUUUAGAAAACCGACGGAGACUUUAAAAUGAAUAAAUAAAUAAAUAAUCAUUCUGUAAAAUACUUCACGUCAUUAGCACCCAGAAUGGUAGUUUACUGUAUUUUUCAAUCGUUUACUGAACACACACAUGCACACAAAAUGUGAACACGUUUUACAGUAAGGUUGUAUUAGUUAAUGUAUUUACUAGCAUGAACAAACAAUGAACUGUACAUUUAUUACAGUAUUUAUAAUUCAUUUAUUAAUUUAUAAUUCAUUUAUCUGUUGUUAACAUUGGUCAAGGGAAUUUAACAUUAGAUUUGAAUCAUUAGUAAAUGUUGAAUUAUGAUUAUUAAAUGCUGGUACUGUUUGUAAAUACAUUAACUAAUGAAAGCUUAUUGCAAAUAAGUGUGACCAAAAAGAAUAAUACUAUUAAUAGUCAACCUGAAUGAGAAGUGCUUCGACUAAUCACACAACGAGAAUAAGGAUUCUGGAGGAAUCGCCUCGACCAAAUAUUCAGCACACACUCUUAAUUGUAACAUAUCAGGUAAUUACUGAUUGUAUGACUUUGUUUUCUUACCAGUUUUGAUUAGAAGGACUGAAUUUCCUUUUGUAUAUGAUGGAAUUUUCUGUAUAGUAACUGCUUUUUAUGACGUUUUUCAACUUCUUUGGAUGUAUUUUUUUUCCCUAAGAGUUGUUUGAGAGAGUGGAUCUUUCCGGUGUGACGGGGUGGAUCUGUGGUGGUGUUAAAGAGCAGUUUGUGUAUGUAUGUAUGUGUGUGUGAUUUCUGCUGCAGAACGGACAUGAGAUUAUGACCUGCAAUCCUUAAAAUCACUCUGUAAUCCACGUCAGGGACCACUUUGCGAGUCUUCACCUCGUAAGCUGUAUCUGUGAAGCGUCCCGGUGAAGAUCCUCUUUGUUCAAGAUCACUGUGGCAAAUCCUUCCAUCAGGUUUUUCCCUGCUCUGUCUUUUUGCUUUUAAAUCCACUGUAUUCAUGCUUUUGUUAUUGUAGCGUUUUGGUUUUGACAUUCAGAUUCUUCAGUGUCCUUCGGAGGGGGUUUUUUUUUUCUGUUGAAAUCCCAUGUUCAUGUUCUCUAGCCCAGCCAGUCUCCUGCCGUCUGUGUAAAUAUGUUGAUUUGUUUUUUAUUUAUGUUGAGUACAAUAAUCAGUCCGUUGGAUUGGUUGAGGUUUAAAUAAGGUAUAUUAAUGCGCUUCAUCCAGUGGAGUGCAUUGAAAUAUUGUGACUUCUUACAAGUCAGAAUUUAAUAAACGUUCUAUGAUGUUUGUAAAA